GGCGCGGGGGACCGUGGCGUGGAGCCGGCGGGCGCAGCCUCAGCAUGGACGUGACCGUCUCGGAGCUCAUGGAGCUCUUUCUGCAGAGCCCGCUGGUGACCUGGGUGAAAACUUUUGGCUCAUUUGGAAGCGGCAACCAGGACAACCUGACAAUGUACAUGGAUUUAGCAGACGGCAUCUUUUUGAACCAAAUCAUGUUGCAAAUAGACCCCAGGCUGACAAAUCAGCGCAUCAACAAGCACGUUAACAACGACGUGAACCUCCGCAUUCAGAACUUGACCAUCUUGGUGAGAAACAUUAAGACCUACUACCAGGAAGUUCUCCAGCAGCUGAUCGUCAUGAAUUUGCCCAAUGUUUUGAUGAUUGGCAAAGACCCGCUGUCUGGGAAGAGCAUGGAAGAAAUAAAGAAGGUGCUGCUGCUGGUGCUGGGCUGUGCUGUCCAGUGUGAGAGGAAAGAGGAGUUUAUUGAAAGAAUCAAACAGCUGGACAUUGAGACCCAAGCCGGGAUCGUGGCCCAUAUCCAGGAGGUGACCCACAACCAAGAGAACGUGUUUGACCUGCAGUGGCUCGAGCUCCCGGACGUGGCCCCGGAGGAGCUGGAGGCUCUCUCCAGGAACAUGGUGUUCCACCUGCGGAGGCUCAUAGACGAGCGUGACGAGUGCACGGAGCUGAUCGUGGACCUGACGCAGGAGCGGGACUACCUGCAGGCGCAGCAGCCUCCCAGCCCGCUCAAGUCCUCGAGUGCCGAGUCCACCCCCAGCCCCACCAGCAGCCUCUCCAGCGAGGACAAGCAGCACCUGGCCGUGGAGCUGGCGGACACCAAGGCCAGGCUGCGCCGUGUGAGGCAGGAGCUGGAGGAGAAGACAGAGCAGCUUGUGGACACCAGGCAUGAGGUGGACCAGCUGGUGCUAGAGCUUCAGAAGGUCAAGCAGGAGAACGUCCAGCUGGCGGCUGAUGCCCGGUCUGCUCGUGCCUACCGCGAUGAGCUGGACUCCCUGAGGGAGAAGGCGAACCGUGUGGAGAGGCUGGAGAUGGAGCUGGUGCGCUGCAGGGAGAAGCUUCACGACGUGGACUUCUACAAGGCGCGCAUGGAGGAGCUGAGAGAGGACAACAUCAUUUUAAUCGAGACCAAGGCCAUGCUGGAGGAGCAGCUGACCGCGGCCCGGGCCCGGGGCGACAAAGUGCACGAGCUGGAGAAGGAGAACCUGCAGCUGAAAUCCAAGCUUCACGACCUGGAACUGGACCGGGACACAGACAAGAAGCGAAUUGAGGAGCUGCUGGAGGAGAAUAUGGUCCUCGAGAUAGCCCAGAAGCAGAGCAUGAACGAGUCGGUGCACCUGGGCUGGGAGCUGGAGCAGCUGUCCAAGAAUGCAGACCUGUCCGACGCCUCCCGGAAGUCAUUUGUGUUUGAGCUGAACGAAUGUGCCUCCAGCCGCAUCCUGAAGCUGGAGAAGGAGAACCAGAGCCUCCAGAGCACCAUCCAGGGGCUGCGGGACGCAUCCCUGGCGCUGGAGGAGAGCAGCCUGAAGUGCAGCGAGCUGGAGAAGGAGAACCAGCAGCUCAGCAAGAAGAUUGAAAAGCUACAUACCCAGCUGGAGAGAGAGAAGCAGAGCAACCAGGAUUUGGAGACCCUCAGUGAGGAGCUGAUCAAAGAGAAGGAGCAGCUGCAGAGUGACAUGGAGUCCCUGAAGGCAGCCCGAGCCAGGCAGAUCAAGGAUCUGGAGCAAGAAAAGGAUCACCUUACCCAGGCGAUGUGGUCGCUCCGGGAGAGGUCGCAGGUGAGCAGCGAGGCCCGGGUGAAGGACGUCGAGAAGGAGAACAAAGCCCUCCACCAGACGGUGGCGGAGACGAGCAGCAGGCUCAGCAGGCUGGAAUCCGAGAAGCAGCAGCUGCACAAGGACUUUGAGCAAGUGAAGGAGAAGGUGGAGCGGGUGGAGGAGCUGGAGAGGGAGCUGCGCCGGCUGGAGAAGGACAACGAGAAGCUGGCCAAGAAGGUGGCCUCCCUGAACACCGCCACCGAGAAGGUCGACGCCCUGGAGCGCGAGAGCCGCGGCCUGGCGCUGGAGAACCGGAAGCUCAGGAAGUCGCUGGACACCCUGCAGAACGUGUCGCUGCAGCUCGAGGGCCUGGAGCGGGACAACAGGCAGCUGGACGAGGAGAACCUGGAGCUGCGCAGGAUGGUGGAGGCCAUGCGCUUCACCAGCGCCAAGAUGGCCCAGAUCGAGAGGGAGAACCGGGAGCUCGAGCGCGAGAAGGACGAGCUGAGGAAGAACGUGGAGCUGCUCAAGGCCCUGAGCAAGAAGUCUGAGCGCCUGGAGCUCAGCUACCAGGGCGUGAGCGCCGAGAACCUGCGGCUGCAGCAGACGCUGGACAGCAGCAGCCAGAAGUGCCAGGCCCUGGAGCAGGAGCUCGGCCAGCUGGAGGCCGAGAACCAGGUGCUGCAGCGCGACCUGGAGGCCCUGCGGCGCUCGCACAAGCAGCUGGAGAGGGCCGAGAAGGACCGGACGGCGCUGGAGCAGGAGGUGGCCCAGCUGGAGAAGGACAAGAAGCUGCUGGAGAAGGAGGCAAAGCGGCUGUGGCAGCAGGUCGAGCUCAAGGAGGCGGUCUUAGACGACAGCACCGCCAAGCUGUCCGCCGCCGAGAGGGAGAGCCGCGCGCUGGACAGGGAGCUGGCCCGCUGCAGGGACGCGGCCAGCAAGCUGAAGGAGCUGGAGCGGGACAACAGAGACCUCACCAAGCAGGUCACCAUGCAUACGAGGACGCUGACCACCCUGAGAGAGGACCUGGUGCUGGAGAAGCUCAGGAGCCAGCAGCUGACGAGUGAGCUGGACAGGCUGAGCCAGGGGCUGGAGAAGGUCGGCCUCCACAAGGAGCUGCUGCUGCAGGAUGAGAACAGCCACGGCGACACAAAGCUCAACAUUUUGGAGGACAGAAAUGACUCAGCGUUAAAAACGACAUUGGCCAUGAAAGAAGAAAAGAUUGUGUUCUUAGAAGCUCAGAUGGAAGAGAAAGCCAGCCUGAACCACCAGUUGCAGAAUGAGCUCCAGGUGCUGAAGACCGAGUGUGAGAUUCUCAGGCAGAACCAGCAGGAAGGGAAGCACUUGGAGAACUCUUUCAGACACCCUGUGGACCCUCUGGUCACCGGUCACCAGGGACAGGAGCCCUGGGGGCCCGGCCACAAGGAAGCCACCAUGGAGCUGCUCCGAGUGAAGGACCGGGCCAUCGAGCUGGAACGCAACAACGCGGCUCUGCAGGCCGAGAAGCAGCUGCUCAAGGAACAGCUGCAGCACCUAGAGACCCAGAACGUGGCCUUCAGCAGUCAGAUCCUGACGCUGCAGAAGCAGAGCGCCUUCCUGCAGGAGCACAACACCACGCUGCAGACCCAGACGGCCACGCUGCAGGUGGAGAAUUCCACCCUGAGCUCGCAGAGCGCCGCGCUCACCGCGCAGUACGCGCUGCUCCAGAACCAGCAGACGGCCAAGGAGAGCGAGAACGAGAACCUGCAGAAGCAGCAGGAGCGGCUGACGGCGGCCUACGAGGCGCUGCUGCAGGACCACCAGCACCUGGCGGCGCUCCACGAGCGCCAGUCCACCGAGUACGAGGCCCUCAUCCGCCAGCACAGCUGCCUGAAGACGCUGCAUCGGAACCUGGAGCUGGAGCACAAGGAGCUCCGGGACAGGCACGAUGACAUGCUGAAGCGUCAGGCGGAGCUGGACGAGCUGGAGAAGGUUCUGCACACCGAGAGGGAGGCUCUGCAGCAGGAACAGAGGACGGGCGCCAUGGCUGUGGACGAGAACCAGCGGCUGCGGGGAGAGCUGGACAGGGUCAAUUUCCUGCACCACCAGCUGAAGGGGGAGUACGAGGAGCUGCACGCCCACACCAAGGAGCUGAAAACCUCCCUGAACAGCUCACAGCUGGAGCUAAACCGCUGGCAGGCACGGUUUGACGAGCUGAAGGAGCAGCACCAGAACUUGGACAUCUCGCUGACCAAGCUGGACAACCGCUGCGAGCUGCUCUCCCGUCUGAAGGGAAACUUGGAGGAAGAAAAUCAUCACCUCUUGAGCCAGAUCCAGCUGCUGAGCCAGCAGAACCAGAUGCUUCUAGAGCAGAAUAUGGAGAGUAAGGAGCAGUACCACGAGGAGCAGAAGCAGUACAUAGACAAAUUAAAUGCCUUACGGAGACAUAAGGAAAAACUGGAGGAGAAGAUCAUGGAUCAGUACAAGUUCUAUGACCCUGCUCCCAAGAAGAAAAACCACUGGAUUGGAGCCAAAGCCUUAGUCAAACUCAUCAAACCAAAGAAGGAGGGUUCCAGAGAACGAUUGAAGUCAACCACAGACAGCCCUCCCUUGCAGCUGGAGUCCUCAGACCCGGCGCCGCCAUCUGCCUCUCAGCCCCUCCGGUCGCAGCCAGACAGUCCCGAGACGGCCCCGUCUGGCUCCAGCUGUGCAGAGGAGCAGGACGCCCUCAACGGGCCUGUGGGGAAAGGCCCUGGGGACCUAAAACCAAAGCAAGGGUCCCCGCACAGAGGCGGCCUUGAACGCACCGAGGCCUCCGCCGACCCAGCCGUGAAACCUGGGCCCUCGGAGCUGAGCUUCCGGACCUGCUCGACCUCAGCCAUCACUACAACCCCUUCCAGCUCCACCCCCAUCUCCCGGCACCCAGGCCGCACCAAAGGCUAUAAUUCAGAUGACAGCCUCUGGGACCCGUCCCUGGAGCUGGAGUUCAACCACAGGCAGUACAUGUCCCGGCCAGGCAGCUUGGAGAGCAGUCGGAAUGCAUCCAGCGACAGCUCGCCUCUUAACCUGAAAGGUUCCUCUGACCAGCUCCACGGCAGGUCUGAGAGCUUCAGCAGUGAAGACCUGAUCCCCAGCCGGGACACGGCCACUCUGCCACGGGACGCCAGCACCACGGGACGCGCCGCCCUCAGCCGCCAUGAGUGCCCCCCGCCCCGGAACGGGCCUCUCCCCCAGGAGGGCAUCCAGAGGAGGGCUGCGGGCCAGCCUCACUCUGGGGGACGGCCCUGCUCUGCCUCCCCGAGCAGUGAGAUGGUCACCUUGGAGGAGUUUCUGGAGGAGAGCAACCGGCACUCCCCCACACCUGACGCUCCCAGUCUCCAGGAUGACCUGCUGACCGACUACUUCAGAAAGGCCAGCGAGCCCCCAGCCCUUGGAGGCCAGCCGGGACCACCUGCCAGGAAAGAAGGGGCCAAGAUGCCCACCAGCUUUGUGGCCCCGACCAUCAAGAUGCCUGUCAACAGCCCUGAAGGGAAGUUGUUGAAGCCUGGACAGUAUGUGAAGCCAAACUUGAGACCUGCGGAGUCCGAGGCCCUGCCCAGUGCCCCCCCGCGGCAGGCCCAGCCUCCCCAGAGCCUGUCUCUGGGCAGACCCCGGCAGGCCACCAUGCCCCCGACGUCCCACACACCGGCCAGCCGGAGUGCGUCCCUGAGCCGGGCCUUCAGCCUGGCCUCGGCCGACCUCCUCCGGGCCAGCGGGCCAGAGGCUUGCAGACAGGAGGCCCCUCAGAAGCUGGGGGUGCCUGACCCUUCAGGGGGCAGAGAAACAGGCAGCCAUGUCCUGCGAAGCCUCACGCCCCCCAGCUCCCACGGCCUGGCCCGGGAGCGGCCCCCACUUGCGGGAAAGACCGGCGGUAGCUGCGGUCAGGGCCCUGCCCCCCGCAGCCGGCCCCCGGACACGAGGCGCUUCUCACUGGCCCCCCCGAAGGAGGAGAGGCUGGCCCCCCUGCAGCAGUCGGCCACGGCCCCGGCCAUCGCCUCAGGAGGUGGCGGUGCCUGCAGCAGCGGCCCCCAGCCCCAGCACUUCCCCCCGGCCGCUGCGGCCCUGGCCACCAGGACCAAACCCCAGACGCCCCCCCACUCCGGGGAGGCGGCCACCAUCGCCCCCGUCCGGGGUGCGCUCGGCCUCUCAGACGGGGAUGGGGUCCCUAGGCAAGGCCACGGCGAGGGCCUCCCUGCCAAGAGCCCAGGUAGGUCCCCCGAUGCGGCCCCGCACACCAGCCGGGCCCCCGAGGACUCGAGCCGUGGCAGCAGCUUGAAGAGCACGCCGGCGUCCCCCGAGCCUGGCGGGGACCAGCAGACGGUGUGGUACGAGUACGGCUGCGUGUGACUCCUCUGGACCAGCAGCUCCUGAACCUUGAAACUACUGACUUCCCACCCCCCGACGGUGCCGGCCUCUGCCCGCCUGUGGGGGCAGGAGAGGGCUCUGGGAUGACAGCUGCGCCUGUGUCUCUCCUGCCUGUCUUGUUACUGAAAACACUGUGCCAAGCCCUGCGAUGGCCACACUCCCAGGUGUGCGUCUUCUGUAGCUUUCCAGUAGCUGGUCUUUUGAACAGAUCCACUUCACGGGGACACUCAGGAUGCAGCGACAGCCAUGAAGCAGAUACUGAGUGUGACCCGGUAGAACACUCAAUUUGCAACUUGUCGACCUCUCUUUAAGUGCGAGCAUGUGUGUCUGCGUGUGCGCAGAUACACUUCCGCGUGGCCAAGCCCUUGUGGCUCUGGAAACUCCAUUCCCUUUCCCCAAAGCCAUUUGGUCCUAGGAGUCAUCCAGACUGGCCAAACUACAAGGAGCUUGAGGAUCUUGGGGGAACCCCAGAAUUAGGCUUGCUGCUGGAAAUCAGGAGUGUUGCCGCGUCUUUCCUGGGGUCCCGAGCAAUCCCCUUUCAUCCCAGGGCUAAGGCGGCCUUCUAGGCAUGUGGCAAGUGGCCUCAGGCUUUGGCCACCCAUCUCCCUGCAGCUGGCUCCUGGGCUCCCCACAGGGGCCUCUGGGGGCCACACUGAGACCUGCCUUCCCUGGCUCACUUCUCUACAAACACUGGAUCUGCCAGGUGUCGGGGGCUGCGGCUGGGGCCGAGAGAGGGCCCGGCCCCAGCCCUGACCUAGCAAGUGCACAUAGCACAUGGAGGGGAGGUGUGUGCGAGGGUGGGGUACAGCCUCUCCACUUCCCCAGUCUCGGAUGAGAUAUUGAUUUAUUAUUUCUGAAUAAUAUCUUUGUGGUAGAAACCAAAUUUCUUUUAAUAUAUUACGUAUGUAUGUGCACACUCCUGUGAAAUCUGUGUUCUUUGAGGGGGAUCUAUUUAUGUUCCAUUGGGAGUCCUUCCUUUCCAUCAGGAAUCUUACCUGCUGCUUUUGUGUAAUUUGGUCAGGUUCCUGAUGCUUUUUGUUUUCUGUUUAGUAAAGGUGCUCUUUCUGGGAUAUACUAAACUUGGUGAUUUUUUUUCAAGGUUCAUUUUUUUUCUUUUGAUUUAAUCUGAGGAAAAAAUGGGAAUGUUAACAAGAUCAGUUUUAGGAGUGCUUUGGGUUGUGUAUCAAAUAGCCAUUCAUUCUGGAACACGCGGACAGGAUUGUAAUAAAAUGAAAUGGCAUAGAA